GUUCUACGAGAGCAUCGGCAGCCCGAAGCUGAUCCUUGCGCCCAUGGUCGAGCAGUCGGAGCGUGGCGGCUUCUCUCCCGCUCUUUCCUCCCAGCCUCGCAGCAGACGAACCUGCUAGCCUACUCGCCCAUGUUUCACUCGCGCAUGUUCGGUGAAAAGUCCAACUACCGCGACUCGCACUUCCAGCCCCUCAAAUCGACCUUGCCCUCGCCGCCUGACUACUACCAUGUCUCGCAACUGCCCGAGUCGGAGAGACAUCUUGACGGGAACCCCGCUUUCGAUCGGCCGCUGACCGUACAGUUCUGCUCCAACGACCCAGACGACCUUCUCACGGCUGCGAAACAUGUCGCGCCGUUCUGCGAUGCGGUCGAUCUGAAUCUCGGUUGUCCGCAAGGCAUCGCAAAGAGGGGCAAGUACGGCGCGUUCUUACAAGAGGACUGGGACCUGAUCGCAAGCAUGAUAAGGAAGUGCCACGAGGAGCUCGACGUGCCCAUCACAGCCAAGAUGCGCGUACUUGAGACAAAAGAGAGGACCCUGGCGUACGCGAAGUCGCUCUUGGACGCUGGCGCUAGUAUCAUCACUGUGCACGGCAGGCGGAGAGAGCAGAAGGGGCACAACACAGGCCUGGCGGACUGGACCUUCAUACGAUACUUGAGGGAAAACCUGCCCGCAGAGACGGUCAUCUUCGCAAAUGGCAACAUUUUGCAGUACGACGACAUCCGGGCCUGCUUGGAUGCUACAGGCGCAGAUGGUGUCAUGAGCGCAGAAGGCAACCUCUACAAUCCCACAAUCUUCGCAGAGCCGCCUCCCGUCGGCAAAGAAGGCCGCGAGUACUGGCGCGGCAAAGACGGCAAGGGCGGUUACAGAAUGGACGCAGUAUUUCGGCGAUACAUGGACAUCAUCCACAGGUACGCUCUCGGGCAAGAACCACCAGCAAGGAAGCCGCUCUGGAUGCCCGGCGACCCAGAAGACCUAGCGGCAGAAGCGACAGAAGAAGACGAAGGGCCGCCAAAGAAGAAGCAAAAGCAAACACCAAAACCAGCGGAGAAGAAGGGCACAAAGACAACUAACCCCAACCUGACCGCCAUGCAAGCACACCUCUUUCACCUCCUCCGGCCGCUUGUAUCCCAACACCACAAUGUCCGUGACGCCCUUGCUCGCUCACGCACAGGUGACAUUGACGCCUUCGAAAAUGUCCUCGCCCUUACCGAAGCAGCCGUCAAGCAGGGUAUUACCGCCUACGAGGCCGAGCAGGCAAACAGCACCUCGACCACAGAUCCCACACCAGUGCCGGAAGUUCUCGAAAACCUCGACCCCUACGAGUCCUCUCUCGCCACCGUUGCGCGCUGCAAGCGCCCCUACUGGGUGUGUCAGCCUUACGUACGGCCUCUGCCGAAGGAGGCGAUUGAGAAGGGGAGUAUGAGUUUGAGUAAGAAGGAGAAGAGGAGGUUGGAAAUUGAGGCUGAGGAGGCGAGGAAGGCGGGGCUGGAGCCGCAGGGGAGGGUACAGAUAGAGAGCAUGAAGAACGGGGAGGCCAAGGGAGUACAAAGCCUCGAAGCAAAUGAGAAGAAGAAUACCAAGAGUGAUGGGGUGGUCGAAGAGCCCAAGGAGGGUGUGGUCUGUGGGUGAUGUGGGCUGGCAGAUGGAUGUAGUCAAGAAGAUGGAUAUACCCAGUCAAGGUCAAGAUCUAGUAUUUGCUUCACGGUAUCACAUGCUUAAGAGGUGGUUUGCACUGAAGAAGAUGAGGAGUAAAGGCUGGA